UGACGUAGCCCAGGGUUACCAUCGUUCACCUGAGCGGUUCGACAGGUACCCACUACGGAAGAAGCUGAAAAAUAAUAAAACGACAAAGAAAACUAAAUGAAUUGAUUCGGCUCCCUCCAGCUGUCGCACCCCUGACUCAGUUGGAUUUGUGACAGAUGGUGAAGCAGCACUAUGGGAAUCAUCUGGCUUGAAUCAUGAGGAGAUGGAAAGUGUCCAGAUAUCAGCUGACGGCAAGCCAAGUGGAGCACAUUUAACACACAGUCUUGGAACGCAACACUGCACAAACUGGAGUGGAUAUGAGGGCUGGUGGAGAUGAUCAUACUGGGAGAUGGGAGAGGCCCUCCUUCCUUUGGCUACCACAGGAAGAGUCACCCUCUGUGGAUGGGACCAGCCCCCAGGGAGAAGAGCCACAGCCGCCACUCUCACUGCAGAACUCAAACUCUGUCAGCAUGGAAGACCCUUGUUUGACAUCACCUCACCAGUCCAGCCUGGACACACCCCUAGAUCGGCAUGCCUCGGGGAGGAGCUCCAAAUGCUCCUCCCUCUCACUGGAUCUGAAUGCCAAUGAAGACCGCAUUUCAGAGCGCAGAGAAUCGGAAAGCCCCGAGGAGGAGGAGCAUAUGCCGCUGCAGGCCCAGGGUCGGCUCUAUGUGAAUCGUGUCUUCCACAUGAGUGCAGAUAAGAUGUUUGAGCUGCUUUUCAGUGACUCUCUCUUCAUCCGUCGGUUCAUGGAGGCCAGGAAAAUUACAGGUGCAACGUCCACUCCUUGGCAGAGAGAUGGCAGUGGCUCUCUGAAGAGAACUCUGAAGUACACAAUCACCAUUACCAACCCCCUGGUAGGCAAAUUCUCUACAGCAACAGAGAUGCAGACUCUGCACAAGGACAGCCAUGAAGGCCAAAACUACAUGGUUGAUGCAGAAGUGUACACACACGAUGUUCCAUACCAUGACUACUUCUACACAUUCAAUCGCUUCUGUAUCAUACGCAACUCCAAACACAAAUGCCGUCUCAGGGUCUACACAGAUGUGAAAUAUAAGAAGCAGCCAUGGGGUCUAGUGAAGUCGUUUAUCACAAAGAACUCCUGGAGUGGCCUGGAGGAUUACUUUCGCCAUCUGGAGACAGAGCUUCUCGAGGAGGAGGCAGAGCUGACCUCAGGGGGCGGGGACUCAAUUAAGAUCAGUGCCCUGCGUCGCCGCCGGAGAACCUACAGCCGUUCCAUCCCUGAACACCUCAAACAGAGCAAGCAGUACAAUACGGAUACAGAGCACCGCGGAGAGAGCCUAUCAAGAGCUAUGGAUCUGAAGGGACCACACAGAUGGAAUAUGACCAAUAUGACUAUUGUGGCUGGUAUGAGUCUCAUUCUGUUGGUUCUGAUGGUUCUGAAUCUUGGCCUAUUCUUCAAACUGUGGGCGAUGGAGGAUGUAGCACACAAAAUGUACCUGAGCACCAAGCAACACAUACGGGAAAAGAUGGAGUCGAGCUUGAACCCUGAGCUGGGCUCCAGGAGCAGGGACGAGACUCAGCUUUUAAAGACUGUGCUCCAAGACUCUAUACACUUGCUAGAACAGCUGCGCAGCUCUCUGAAGGCACUACAGAGGAACUUUGAGGUGUACAACAGAACUGCUCUGUGAGCUGCACAGGUCUCUCCGGGCUCCAGGCAGCCAGAGAGGUUAUUUCAGUGACGUCCCUCUGGAGAUGUUCUGUUUCCAUGCUUCUGCCAUAUGGUUACAGGCAGUUCUUUUAAAACUGUACUUUAUACUGUGUGUGUUCAACCUGAUAUCAUUGGGGUGCUUGGGUCCAUGUCAACUCAUUUAUGAAGUUUUUCUCUCUGAAUAAUAUUGCAGCAAUACAAUGUGACAAUUGGCAAACCUGACAAUGUGAUAGCAAUAACAGUCAGUGUGCUGAUAUUUACAGUUCUGUAUCUGCAUUUGUGUCCUUGUUUGUAUGUGUAUAUGAGUUUGAGUGUGUGUAAGGACCUUGGUCACAUGCAGCACGUUUCUCUCUUGUUACCAUGUUAAUUUCGAGUUAAUUUCUAAUCUAGAUGAGAAAAUGUUCUUUAUUUUCUUCUAUGAAAAUUUUAUGUAAAUUUUGUUUCAGGUGGUUUUUAACCAUGUUUAUCAUUUUAAUAUUUGUUUACUUUUUUAAUAUUUAUCUUUGGAGUAAUUCCUUAACUGAGUUUCUUGUAUAAACUGAUUUACUGUAUUCUCUGAGAAGUUUAAAAUUGUGCAUUUUGGCAGUUUAAGCACAUUUAGAUUUGGGUGCAUAUUAUGUGUGUAGGUGUAAGGGAACAUGAUGUAUGCAUGGAGCAGUUUGAGGGUGCUUCCCAUGUUAGAUCAAACGAGCAUAUACAAACUGAUUUAAGUCCAUUUUAUCCACACUAAUUUUAAGCACAGGAAAAGGUAGACAAUCUAGUGUGCCCCAUCAAUAAUUGUGUGUAACUACAAGACUACAAGUGGGUUCAAUAAAAAUAUUUUUUUGCAUAGGA